CGUCUCUCGUAGGUUAUGAUCAAGUUGACUUAGGUAAUGAUAUAUGCACGUUGGAAGGAUAAUAGGAGAUACACCUGUGAAGGAUGUCAGGACGUAGGAGGAAGAACAAGAGCAAAUUAUUGGAGAAGAGACCUCGAUAUGUUCUCGGCAAGGAGCAGAGGUAUCAUCAGGAGAGGGAUAAAGAGUCGGACAAGGACGACGAGGCAGAAUCCUCGAAUGAAUCGCUGAUCUCGUUUCCCGUGGCUAUGUGGGACAUGGAGCACUGCGAUCCCAAGAAGUGUUCUGGGAGAAAACUGGUGAGGCAUGGCUUGAUAAAGAUACUGCGAUUGGGCGUUCGAUUUGCUGGCUUGUGUCUUACUCCGGUUGGAGAUAAGUGCGUAUGUCCAACGGAUCGUGAAAUCAUACAGGAGUACGGCUGCGCAGUUGUGGAUUGUAGUUGGGCACGCUUAGACGACACUCCCUUCAACAGGAUGAAAACAUCUCAUCCCCGUCUACUGCCAUUUCUGGUCGCCGCUAACCCGAUAAACUAUGGGAAACCCUGUCAAUUGAGUUGUGUCGAAGCUAUAGCAGCUACUUUGAUUAUAACAGGAUAUCCAGAAGAGGCUAAUCUUUAUCUUGGAAAGUUUUCUUGGGGGCACGCGUUCUUAGAAUUGAAUAGUGAAUUGUUGGAGAAGUAUGCUCUUUGCGCAGAUAGUAAAGAGAUAAUUGCUGUACAAGAAAAGUUCCUGGACAAAGCCUGGCAAGAGAAAUUGGACAGACUUGCACUCCCUGAUUUUCCACAAAGUGAUACGGAGGAAGAAGAAGCAGAAGAGGGAGAAGAAGAGAAAGACGAGGACGUAGCUUCAAAAAUAACAGAAGAACUAGGCAAUGUAAAAAUAUAAAGUACAAGAUUGAUUAAAGAUAAUUGACAAAGAUAA